AUUUAUAGCUCAAUAAGAGAAUAUCAGACCUUAUCUCUCUCAAAAGCCAAAAGAAAAAAAUGGGUAGAUCACAUGUCCUAGUGCUACCAUAUCCAGCCCAAGGGCAUGUUAAUCCCUUGAUGCACUGUGCUCAUAGACUAGUCAACCUUGGAUUCAAAGUCACUUUUGUUAAUACACACUUUAAUCACAAGAGAGUGCUUACUACAAUGGUUGGCAGAAACGAUCCUACAGGUUCAUGUGUUAAUUUGGUCUCAAUCCCAGAUGGGUUGGGUCUUGAGGAUGACAGAAAUGACAUUGGUAAGUUAUCUGAGGCCAUAAUGAUCACCAUGCCCAAAAGCCUUGAGGAGCUCAUACAAAAAAUCAACAUGACCUUGGAGCUUGGUGAUCAGCCCAUCACUUGUAUUGUUUCUGAUGCUGUUAUGGCGUGGUCAAGGGAAGUUGCAAACAAUUUGGGGAUUAGAGUUGCUGUGGUUUGGCCUGCAUCAGCUGCCAGUUACUCCAUCGCAGCAAACAUUCCUAAUCUUAUUCGUGAUGGAUACAUCGAUGAUGAUGGAUUCUCAAUCAAGAAACAAAGAAUUCAAUUGUCCUCAAGCAUCCCUAGUUUUGGCACAGAAAACCUUCCAUGGAAAGUUGGUGACUCAAACGCAGAAAAGGCCAUUUUCAAAUACACUAUCAGAAACUUCGAACAUUUACAAUCGACAGAAUGGCAGAUGUGCAACUCAUUUUAUGAACUUGAGGCCGGAGCAUUAUCCUUGUUUCCAAAGCUUCUCCCAAUCGGCCCAUUGUUAGCAAGUAACGAUACAGGCAAUUUAGGAGCACAGUUCUGGCCAGAGGAUUAUUCAUGCUUGACAUGGCUUGAUCAACAGCCAUCCCGGUCAGUGAUAUAUGCAGCAUUUGGCAGCUUCACAAUUUUUGAUCAAAUCCAAUUUCAAGAACUAGCCCUUGGACUUCAACUCACAAACAAGCCUUUUCUUUGGGUGGUUCGUCCAGGAAGCAACCAAGAAUCAAACCAUGCCUACCCGAAGGAAUUUCAUGGUAGCCAUGGAAAAAUUGUGGGUUGGGUACCUCAACAGAAUGUUCUAAGUCAUCCGUCUAUUGCUUGCUUUGUGAGCCAUUGUGGUUGGAACUCUACCAUAGAAGGUGUGAGCAAUGGAGUACCUUUCUUGUGUUGGCCUUACUUUUUUGACCAGUUUCAUAACGCGAACUACAUUUGUGAUACAUGGAAGGUUGGUUUGGGAUUCGACAAGGAUGAAAACGGAAUCAUAAGGAAGGAGGAAUUUAACAAAAAGGUAGAGCUCUUGCUUGGUGAUAAAAGUAUAAGAGAGAAGGCCUUGGAGUUGAAGCAAAUUGCUAGAAAUAAUAUUGGAGACGGUAGUCAGAACUCAACAAAUUUUAGCAACUUUAUCAAGUGGCUGGAGGAGGCAUAGUGGGUAUCGGCAUUUUCUAUGGACUUAUUGUUUAAUUAUCUUAGGGCCUUGAACUAGUAAUUGGGCCUAACUGCGCAUGGCAGUAGCAAAACGGUUCUCAUCUCUUGUUAACAGGCAAUCGGAAGAUGCCCACGAGGGCCCAAUAAACUGCUUAGGAACAUCUGAAUCCUGGGCCUUUAGUAUUUGCUACGUUGCGUGUGCAUUCAUAUAAAAUAAUAAUUGCUAGUAUUUAUUUAGUUUUAUUUCAAUUUAAGGAUUGGUUUGUGU